CAGAGGUGAGUCAGUGCUCUAAGCUCACACGAGGGGCUGACAGACAAAAUGAACAUCUCUGCUUUCUGCGUUUGCUGCCUCAUCACAAUAUGUCUCAUCUUACCAGCGGUGAGCAGCACAACCACAGACUGUUGCCUCAAACAGUCCUCGAGGCAGAAACUGAAAGCCAAUAAAGUGAAAACGUAUCACAUUCAGCAACAGGGAGGUAUCUGCCCCAUACAUGUAGUGGUAUUUGUGACAGUGAGGAACAAGCGUAUUUGUGCUGACCCUCACAGGCAAUGGGUGAAGGACACCGUGAGGAAAGUGGAUGAGAGGAAGACACGGAGACAGGGAAAGGGGAAAAAGCAGGGGGGUCAGCAGGCACGGAAGCAGCAGGCCCAAUAGCCCAACUGACCACACAAAUGGACACAUACUCUGUCUCUCUGUCUUGCCUUCAGACCUUCAACAUAUAUGGACAUUCUUCAUAUACAAAAUUACUCUGAAAAGCUAAAUGUAUUAUGUGCUUAUCAUAUUAAUCAGGUGUUUGUGGAUUUCUGUGUCAAUUUUGUGGUUUCUGGAAAUCUCCUACAGUUGAACUGAUGCAGCAAUUGAGUUCCUGCAUGACACCAGUUUUUCUCUUACAA